AUGGCAGGGCCGGGGGGCGACGGGGACCUGCGGCGCCUGCUGAAGCUGCACCGCACCGAGAUUGCCAUGGCGGUGGACGACGUGUUCCCGCUGCUGCACGGCCUGGCUGACCACGACGUGGUCCCUGAGCACAUCUUCAAGGAGACGCUGAGCCGGGCGGAGCAGGAGGGCUCCCAGCGCGCCUUCCACGCGCUGCUCACCUGGCUGCUGGGCCGUGACGCCGCCGCCCUGCGCGACUUUUGGGCCGUGCUCUUCAAGGACUACAACCUGGAGCGCUACACCCGGCUCCGGCCCGUCCGCAGCGCCUUCCCCAGAGAGGCAGAGCUGGGUCGGCAGCGCCGUGGCAGGUGUCCGUCCCCCGGCCCCACGGCACCGGCCCCACACAGAUCCCAAGGCAAGAGGAAAGCCCCCGAGGAGCGGGACAAGGCCCGGGCGGCACAGCCCUCGCCACGGCACGCUGCCAGUCCUGGGCCCCUGGCAAAGGCAAAGACUGUGAAGAAGCCGGAGGGCGCAGAUAUCCCCCGCACCCCUCGUGCCGGCGCCCUCCAGGCAGUGGCUGCCUCAGUGCAGAGAGCAGUGGCUGUGGCGGGUGGUGAGGUGCCCGGCAGCCGUGGGGCCAUCGAGGGCAUCCUCAUCAAACACGUGCUGGAGCCAGGCAGCUCCAGGACAGGCAGCAGAGCUGGGGAUGAGCCAUAUGCCCAGGCUGCCUGCGAUGAGCCAGGGACCAGGAGCAGAAGCCACAGCCUGAAGCCCCCUGCCCAGCCCAAAGCAUCCCAAAGUAACAGGGAACCCCAGCUGCACCCCCAGGGCCAGCUGCCAGUGCCCACCAUGUACAGCCAGGACCCUGUGCCCCACCAGGAGAAUGAGGACGAGUGUGCAGUCUGCGGUGAUGGCGGUGAGCUUAUCUGCUGUGAUGGCUGCCCCAGGGCCUUCCACCUCACCUGCCUGGUGCCCCCGCUGCCCCGUGUCCCCAGUGGGACGUGGCAAUGUGGCUCCUGCGUGACGAGUGUGGCUGAGCCGGACCGGCUGCCAGAGGCAGAUGUGGCUGUGCAGCAACCCCCCGAGAUCCCAGGGCAUGAGGGAUGUGACACCCGGCUGGGUGGAGCUGAUGGAAGCAUCUGUAGCCGGUGCUUCACCAGGAUCCCCACCCCCUGCCACUGCCCUGCUUCCAGUGUGGAGCUCAGGGGGCUGUUGCUCUGCAUGUCCUGCGCGGGCACCCCGGACACAGGCAGCCUGGACACCACCACAGCAACCAGUGACCAACCGGCCCAGGCAACCAAGGCAGAGGAAGGAGCCCUCAGCAGUGACCCUGUGCUGAGCCGGGAUGAGCUUGAUGCGCUCCUGGGUGAGGGCACGUGGGAUGGGAUCUUGCAGUGGGCAUUCCAGAGCAUGGCACGGCCCCUCGCAGACACACACGGGCUCCGUGCCUAGUGCUGACUGUCCAGGUGGCAGCACCAACGUCACAGGAGAGCAUGAGCAGCCCCUGGAGCAGCUGUGCCACAGGAGGAACACAGGCAUCAUGGCACCUCCAGAAACCUGACAACAUAAACCACAGAGCCUCACAGAACACCACAAAGCACAUGGACAUGGCCUAAGGACAGAUAACAGCCACUGACCCUCAACAGAGCACAGGCACAGUGUAAAUGACACAAAGCAAUUGAAACAAUA